UACGGACAACGCCGGCUCUUCGGCUUAGAAAUGGAGAUGAGCACCAACCCCCAGAGUCGGUCACGACUGGAAUUAACGUCAGGGGAAAACCUUUACCUUUUUUACCUAUUUCACAUAUAUCUAUAUCAUUGCAGUUUUAGAUUUUGCUGGGUAUUUCUUAUCUAAAUUUCUGUGAAUUUAAAUUCUAGUUAGACUGACACAAAUCAGCUAUCCAUAGAAAGGUAGCCCUUUACAAAAGUCACCUCCUUUUUGUUAGAGAUGUCAUUCUGCACUGCCUGUCUCUAUUGUUAGAUAGCAAGCCUAGAGCAGAGUUAGGGACACCUUCCCACAGUCCUAUGCAUGCUUGAUAGGCUUUACUCUUAUUUCCUUCUUCCUGUCCUGUUUAGAUUCACCCCAUCCUUUUGUUGAUUUUAGAAAUCUCUCCUAGGGCUUGAUGUAACUUCCUCAAUUUGGCCUUUGGAAUUUUUAUGGCCCUAGAGAAGAAAGGGACUCACCACGAGGUGGUCGUCCUUCAUUCUUCCUGCUUUGUUUCACAGAGAGGACGCAUUUUGUCCCCUCUUGUAGUCAAGAUGUAGCUAUCUAGAUUCUUUGUUAUUUUGAUCCGUCUACCUAUCUUAGACCAGAUUAGAUAAGCUAGUAAGCUCCAAACCUUUUCUAUCCAUCAGUGGAUUUCCUUUUACCUCAAUAAAUGCUUUUAAACUUUUAAGCUGACUUUGCGAUCCUUUGCCAUCCUGAAGAAGACAAAGGCCUUCCUAAACUCACUCCACUUCAUAGAACUUCAUGUUUUUUAUGUUCCGGAGGAACUGUGGGAUUUCAAGUUGAAUACAGUUCCUGUAGAUGUCACCAACAAAUUCUUUUCAGCUGGUUUUAUAAGGGUGUCACCUCACAUGACACUGAGAACAUUGAGAGAGCAGUUUGGCGAGUACCUAGGUGAAGAUGCAGUUGUGGAUAAAUUUAUCUUUCUAAAAUGUAUAGGAAAGAAACUUGCAGUGGUGAAAGCAAAGCAAGAGACAGAACUGAAGCUCAAAUCAUUUGCCCCUCCAUAUGCCUUUCACCCAGAACUGUAUUUGUUACCAGGAGUAGAAAGUAUUUAUUUGUCUUCAUCAUCAACCCCAGAGAAACAUCACAAUAAUGCAGACUAUAUACUCUCAUAUACAUCAUAUCAUGGACCAGAUUCCUUAGCUGCUCCAACUCCUGAAGGUGGACAGACUCCACCAGUUUGGGAUAGUUCUUUGAAAAAUCAUCUUAACCAGGAUCAAACAUAUGAUAAUUUUUUAGGAUGUAAUGAGACUGAAAAAACAGAUGUUCCGAGUAUCCAUAUACAACAGAAUUCUGAGCAAAGGAAGAAUGAAAGCGUUAAAGAAAAAUAUAUUUCACACAAAAGAAAUGGGGAAAUAAAUAGUAAGAAAAACCAAAGGGAAUCCAGUACAUCCCCCCAUGCACUGAAUAAUUUAAUCCCUGAUAGACAAAGUUCUAUUAAAAAAUCAAGAUCAGUGAAAAUGCAACAGAGAAUAUCUCUCAACCAAGCUCAAGAGACACAUAAUCUUACCAGCAAGAGAGAGAAAUCCAUAGAAAUCAUUUCUUCUUCGCACAUAAGUCAAAACCACAAUCAAAACGAAAACAACCAGAUUGAAGAGAAAAACAUCUCACAAAAGAUAAAAGAAGAAACUUCUGUCAUGCUGGAUGCCAAAAAUGGAGGCAGUCCAAUAGGAAUAGAAAGACAUACCACAGGGGACUCAGGAAUACCAGAAUCCUUGGAAGAGAGAGACCUGGAAUAUUUACAAAGUGAGAAGAGUCACCAGUGCCCUGGAAUUAACAAGUCUGUUGCUGACACUUGUAGCGUGCAGGAUAAUCAGACUGAUGAAAAUAACCCAAGAGACUUUGCACAUCCAUACCAAUAUCUUUCACCUCCUAGUCCACCUCUUCUGGCUCUAACCGUAAGCAGAACUCAUCCCAACAGAGUAUUUCCAACAGAAGGAAGUGAACUGAACAGACAGUUACAUCUUAUCAAGACAGAAAGAAAGGACUUGGAAAAGACUAGAAUGGAACUGAUUAAAAAAGUGAAAACCUUGCUUGAACAAAACAAGUUCAGGAGAUGUCAAGCCCGUGAUUACUGGAAGAAAAAAUAUUUUGAAGUGAAGAAAGUCACUGUUUCCUUGGAAGAAGUUUUAAACAAACUACGGGAAGAUUUUGAACUUCACUACCAGAAAUUAUUGAUACAACUAGAAGCUAGAGACGUUAGAAAAAAACGUAAUAAUUUAACAUACCUCAUUAAUUCGAAGAAUAAUACAAUAAUCCAGAUCACAACUUUUCAGCAUGAUAUUGACCAGCUGAGGAGAAAGCUAGAUAAUGCAAAAAUGAAGCUUGUCAUAGAAAUCAAGAUGAGAAAGCAGGCAACUUCUGAUUUACGAGCUCUGAAGGCAGAACUGGCACAUAAGAAGGUUCAGGCUUUGAAACUCCAGUCUGGCAAACAUGUAUCUCAGCUGAACCCAAUUUGAUAUUCUUGUCUCUUUAUACGUUUAUAGCUACACACAAAGGCUAUUCUUCUAGUUGUAAUUCGUUAAAACAUCACAGAGAUGCUAUAUGUGUUGAAAUGUGGAUAUUUCAAAACAGUAAUUCAAUCCUGAUGUACUAUGUAGUAGUGCUUGUGCUGAUCACAGUAUUCUCCCAAUCCAUCAUAUGCAGCAGUAAAAGUGAACUCCAUUUGUUUGUGCUGAAGAAACACUAGGGAGUGGGAAAGUCUCACUUUUAGAACUCUGAAGAAUUUACAGUUCUUUCUGCCUCUUUUUGGAUGAAGAAAAUGGUGGAGUCACUGGAUAUUUCCCCAAACUCCAGCUGGCUUUACUUUUGGUAAGAGCACACUUGAACAUGAGGCAGUAAAAAUGGGGAGCUAUUUUCUAUUAAUAUAAUAGCCUGAAAUUGGAAGAUUAUUAUUUAUACGAAACCUAGAGCCAAAAAAAAAGAAAAAGAAGAAGCAAAUGUUCCCCUUGUACUUAUUUCUAAUCUAUGUAAAUCAUAAGUCGUACUUAUAUCUUUUAAUCUUAUGCAUAGUUGUCAACCUCAUCUAAAUCAGUUUUGCUUUGGCAUAUAGUCGAGAACGGAGACUAUACUUUUAAAAAAGACAUUAAUGCACCAGUAUGCCAAAGGUACUAGUAUCCCUAUUAUUGUUGUGCAUAAAAGGAAAAUAUUAAUAAUUCUGUGUUGUUUCCUGGCAUAAAUAGACUGGCCCAAGAGAUGUGAGCUAGAGUGAGAUGAACGAGGGAUGCUGAAUUCCUACACUCUUUUCUGUUUUUGUGGUUUGAACUGCCCAUUUAAAAUUUUAAAAUUCUUAAACUCUCGAAGAAAUUUUCAUAUGCCUAACAACCUCUAUUUUAGUAUUACAGUUUUAAGAGAAACUAGACAAAUAUGUUAUAUCUAUAAAUGACUAUCAAUAGUGGUGUAUAUUAUGUCUUGUAUCAAAUAUGUGUCCUUGUAAAUAAUAAUUGCUACAGAAUAUAAAAUGGAAUAUACUGUUGUACUCAGGUCCUGUUUGUGAGCUUCUCAUAGGCAUCUGAGUACCAACUGUAAAAACAGUAUUACUGGGUUUGAUAGAUUACGUUCUUUUUAAAGUCCUUAAAUCGUCUUGUAGGUGCCAAUCCUACAUCAUGAUUUCAAAUGCCUGAUUUGGGUUUUUACAUAUAUACAUCACAGCAAUCAGAGUUCACCUACAUUUUUAGUAGAAGAUUCGUGCUUAGUGAAAGGCUUCAAAUUAAGCUUCUAAUGUGUAUAAAUUACUGCAUCUUUAAUUAUUUGUAUGGGAGGGAUAUCCUUUCUCUUGUAGGCUGGCAUGCAUUAUAAACAUAAACCUUGCAAGCCUUCUUUUUAGAAUCCCUAGAGGAUGAUUUAAAGAUAUAAUCCCCUGAAGGCCAUAUACAUUGGUUGUUUUCAAUAAUAAAAUAAUCUUGCCUUUCAA